GAGGGAAGGCUCUUUAAAAAUGGAAAAAGACACGCAGCGCACGAAGAGUCUUUACGCGUUUCCAACGAUCCGCAGCCGUAGGAUGUUUCCGCGCGCCGCAGCGCAGCCGCGCAGACAGAUAUGAGGAUUGUUUGUUUUGCGUUCAGCUUGAUUUGUAGAGUCCAAGAGAUCAUCCCGGCGAGAUAGCCCCCACGGCCGCAGCUUCUUGUUGCUUUCAGACGCUCAAAAAAGCGCCACACUUACUUUGGAGCGUUAAAGACGCCCGUGGAGUUUUGGCACACUUGGACCGGAUUUGAAGUUUGGCAACAUGAGUUCUGUUAAGAGCAAAGUGGAGGAUGAAGCAGUCGUGGACAGAGGAGCAGCUUUUGUCAAACAUAUCUGCGAUGAAGGGGAAGUAGAGGGCCACCACACAGUCUACAUCGGCGUCCAUGUUCCCAAGAGCUACCACCGGAGGAGACGCCACAGGCGCAAGUCCAGUCACAAGGAAAAGCGGGAGCGGGCCGAACAUGCUACAGAGGGAUACAAGUCUGAUGGGGAGAACGAUUCCAGCGCGUGCAUCCUCAAACCUCUCAUUUCUCCAGCUGAGCGGAUUCGCUUCAUCCUGGGAGAGGAAGACGACGGACCGCCGCCUCCUCAGCUCUUCACAGAGCUGGACGAGCUUUUGUCCGUGGACGGGCAGGAGCUGGAAUGGAAGGAGACGUCCAGAUGGAUUAAGUUUGAGGAGAAGGUGGAGAAGGGUGGUGAGCGUUGGAGUAAGCCCCACGUUGCCACGCUGUCUCUGCACAGCUUGAUGGAGCUGAAAGCAUUCAUUGAAAAGGGAACAGUUAAGCUGGACAUGGAGGGGACCACCCUGCCGCAGGUGGUCGAGACGAUCAUCGACAGCCAGGUUGAGUCUGGGCAGCUGAAGGCCAGCCUCAAGGAGAAGGUCAUGUACACACUGCUAAGGAAGCAUCGCCACCAGACCAAGAAGUCCAAUUUCCGUUCACUCGCCGAUAUCGGAAAGAGUGUCUCCAGUGCAAGUAGGCUGUUCUCAAGCCAGGAGAAUGCACGCAGCCCCCUCGACAAUCCUGUGCCUUCUUUAACGCCACAAGACUCUCUGGAACCAUGUGAGGUCAUGAGGAGCUCCAGCGUGGGAUACCUUUGUAGUCCAACCCCCUCGCACCGGAACCUCACCUCCAACAGUUUGAGCGAUUUCUCAGACAAACCGGAGAAGGAUCAGCUGAAGAAUAAGUUCAUGAAGAAGCUGCCCAGAGAUGCUGAGGCAUCCAACGUGCUGGUUGGCGAGGUGGAUUUCCUGGAAGCACCGUUUGUGGCGUUUGUUCGCCUGCAGCAGGCCGUCAUGUUUGGAGCACUCACUGAAGUACCUGUGCCCACAAGAUUUCUCUUUAUCCUAUUGGGCCCCAAAGGAAAAGCAAAGUCUUAUCGAGAGGUUGGAAGAGCCAUUGCUACUCUGAUGUCGGAUGAGGUCUUCCAUGACAUUGCUUACAAAGCAAAGGACAGACAGGACCUGUUGGCUGGAAUCGACGAAUUUCUGGAUGAAGUGAUCGUCCUGCCUCCCGGCGAAUGGGACCCUGACAUCAGGAUUGAGCCACCCAAGUCCCUGCCCUCCUCAGACAAAAGGAAAAACAUGUAUGCUGGAUUAGACGCGCCUCAGAUGAACGGCGACACGCCUCACGACACGGGGAACGGAGGAGGUGGCGGCGGGGGAGGCCACGAAGUCGGAGAGGAGCUCCAGUGGACAAAAAAGUUUUGUGGGGGUCUUGUCCUCGACGUAAAGAGGAAACUGCCAUUCUUCGCCAGCGACUUUGUUGAUGCGCUCCACAUCCAGUCUCUGUCUGCCAUUCUGUUCAUUUAUCUGGGCACCGUCACCAACGCCAUCACGUUUGGAGGCUUGCUUGGAGACGCGACGGAAAACAUGCAGGGAGUGCUGGAAAGUUUCCUGGGAACGGCGCUGGCCGGAGCGGUGUUCUGCCUGCUGGCGGGUCAGCCGCUGACGAUUCUCAGCAGCACAGGCCCGGUGCUCGUCUUUGAACGCCUCCUUUUCACUUUCAGCAGAGACAAUGACUUUGACUACCUUGAGUUCCGGCUGUGGAUCGGCCUGUGGUCGGGUAUAUUCUGUCUGGUGCUGGUCGCCACGGACGCCAGCUUCCUGGUGCAAUAUUUUACCCGUUUCACAGAGGAGGGCUUCUCGGCUCUCAUCAGCUUCAUCUUUAUUUAUGACGCUUUCAAGAAGAUGAUCAAACUGGCGCACCACAACCCGAUCAACGCGAAUUUCAACAGCGAUCUCGUCACCCAGUACGACUGCCGCUGCAUCCCUGGCAACUCAUCAGAAGACCUUGAUAUUUCUGCCUGGACAAACGGUACAGAGGGUGCUGAUCUGCCGGUUAAUAUUACCUGGGCGUCCCUGACCAAACACGAGUGUGAGAAGUUUGGGGGACAGCUGGUGGGAGAGGUCUGCGACUUUGUGCCUGACAUCACCCUGAUGUCCUUCAUCCUGUUCUUUGGGACCUACACCUGCUCCAUGGGUUUGAAGACGUUCAAGACGAGCCGAUUCUUCCCCACUACGGUGAGGAAGCUAAUCAGCGACUUUGCCAUCAUCUUGACCAUCCUGCUCUUCUGCGUCGUGGACGCCUUGGUUGGCGUGAACACCCCAAAGCUCAUUGUGCCUAGUGAAUUUAAGCCCACAAGCCCACAUAGGGGCUGGUUUAUUGCCCCCUUUGGAGGAAACCCCUGGUGGGUGUACCUGGCAGCUGCUCUCCCCGCCCUGCUUGUUACCAUUCUAAUAUUUAUGGACCAGCAGAUCACUGCUGUGAUUAUUAACAGGAAAGAGCACAAACUAAAGAAAGGGGCCGGGUAUCACCUGGAUCUGUUCUGGGUGGCCAUCCUGAUGAUCGUCUGCUCCUUCAUGGGCCUGCCGUGGUAUGUCGCUGCCACAGUCAUUUCCAUCGCCCACAUCGAUUCGCUGAGAAUGGAGACGCAGACGUCGGCGCCCGGGGAGCAGCCAAAAUUCCUUGGUGUUCGGGAACAGAGAGUAACCGGUAUCUGCGUGUUCCUCCUGACAGGACUCUCUGUCUUCAUGGCCCCAAUCCUCAAGUUCAUUCCCAUGCCUGUGCUUUACGGUGUGUUUCUGUACAUGGGUGUGGCGUCACUAAAGGGGGUUCAGUUCAUGGAUCGCCUGCAGCUGCUCCUCAUGCCUGCAAAGCACCAGCCAGACCUGAUCUACCUGCGCCACGUCCCCCAGAGGCGCAUCCACCUCUUCACCUUCAUUCAGGCCCUCUGUCUUGCUCUUCUCUGGAUCCUCAAGUCCACCGUGGCUGCUAUCGUUUUCCCCGUCAUGAUUUUGGCAUUAGUCGCCGUCCGAAAGGCGAUGGACUACGUGUUUUCCCAGCACGACCUCAGCUACCUGGAUGAUGUGAUCCCGGAGAAAGACAAGAAGAAAAAAGAGGACGAGAAGAAGAAGAAGAACAAGAAGAAGGGAAGCAUCGACAGCGAGAUGGAAUUUUCUGACUACCCCUACCAUGACAAUAUUCCCACUAUAAAAAUCUCUAUGGAAAUGGAGCAGGAGCCCAUGUUGGCAGAUAAAUCUGUGUAUAGAGAUGAGCCGCAGACUUUCUCUAAGCCCCAUUCACCGUGCUGAGAGCUACUUUGAAUCUCCCACCGUAGAUUCCCGCGCCCACGGCUCACCUCGGAUUCGGAUAGAGCGUGAGGUUUCCGGCUCCCUCUUGAGGAAGCGCUCCGAAUCUGAACUGUGAAACACAACAAACAAACCGCUAAAUCAUCUGCACCGCAGUGCCACUUUAUGACGGUGGUUUUUCUUCAACCCCCCCCCCCCCCCCCCCCCCGUGUCAUGGAAGUAUUUAUCUUAUAUAUUGAAGGCACCAAAUUUAAACUAACCCUGCAGGGUUUUCUGCAGAAAACGGAAGCACUACUGACGUAAUCUGAAUGCAGUUUUUACGACUUUAUUUCUUGUUAAUUUAUCAAAGAUCUGUCAUUGUCAGAGCUCCAGGACUAAACAUGAUGUAGAGGGAUCUUAGUUUUAUACUGGAAUUUGUUUUGGUUUUGUUUUUAAACAUCGAACAUAACCAGAUUUUUUUGGUACAGUACUGUAAAAGUUCUUGAAACGCAAAAAAUCGCGGAGGUACUGCUGAGGAUCAGGAGUCCUCCUUUAAAUGUCAUGAACAAAAGGGCUUCCUUAAGUAUGUAUUUAUUGUUUUAUCAUGUAUUUAUUCAUGUUAAGAUGGUUUUCCUCUUUCCCUCUUUUUUUUAUACCCAAGUGAAAUGUAAGCUCACAGUAAAAUAGCUAUAAAUUUCAAUCAUUAAGUAAACGUCUUUGGUGGUUCAGAUAUCCAGGCAAUUUUCACUGAUUGAAGAGGUUUAUGUAGCUUUCUCUUUGUAGAUUGCAGAAGCAAAAAAAAAGUUAUAUUUUGUGCAACAAUUUGAGAUCAAACACCGACUGAAAUAUUUUCUUAAAAUAUCCCAAUUUGUCCGAAUCUUCAAAUUUCUUCUUUGCCAAAAUGAAAUUAUAUAGAAAUGCCUUUAUUUUGAAGGAUUAUUUCACCCAUGUUUUGUUAGAAAUAAAGAGAAACACUGGAAGGGUUUAACUAAACAGCAACAGUUCAUAACUGAUUAUAAAUUGUCUUUUGCCGACUCUACAAAGCACAAAAUUAAACUAAUUUAACUAAAAAAGCAGCCCAAAAACAAAUCGUAACAAACAAACAAACAAACAAACAAACAAACCUUUACUAACUUUCUUACUUGUAUAUCUUUGUAAAACUGAAAUCAAAAAUAAUCACUGUGAGAUGUACACUAUCCAGAUGUGGAAGAACUACUGUUUCAUAGAUGUAAAAAUAAGAAUAUACCUAUUUUCUCCUCAAAAUCAUAAUUUUUGAGACCUUUCUAUUCAUGCUCCACUUAGAUUUCACUUUGCAAUCAUGUGCAAUACUGUUUGGAAUCUGUACAUUUGUCUGAUUGACUGGAUCGUGCUUCCAUUGCAGAUUUAAACACACACAGGUACCAAAAAAACAUGGUGGGAAGCUGAAGACUGACCCAAAAACAACACUUGAUUCUGAUGUCUGUAUAUUUUGACAUCUGACACAAUAAUUCUUGUAUUUUUUGUUUCUUUUAAUACAGAUACUACACAAACUAUUUUGUACAAGCAUCUUAAGUGCUCAAAUAACUGUAUGUUACUCAAAAGAAGUGUUUUUUUAUGCAGUAGGGUUUCAAAUGAGCAAUAAAGUGAUCCAAAUGAUUUUUAAA